AUGCUAGAGCUAGUCCGUCAAAAGAGUUUCCAGGACGACUUGUCGGGCGGUGGUCCGGAGAACGUAUUCGAAGAUCAGUGGUUCUACGUCAAGCUUAAAGAGCGAGGAGCAAAACUCCCUGAUGUGGAUGUUGCGAAGACCUUCUCGGUCGAAACAAUAUACUACGAGAAACCCUUUGGCUACCACCAGCCGAUGAGGUGGCAGGAAGCUCGCAUGGAUGACAUCAAGCAGUGGUGUCCGGAAGUGGGAAUGCUGAUUGGAAGGCGGUUCUCUUAA